CCGUUGAAGAAAGAAACUAAUACCAAUCGAACCGAACCCACAUAAGGGUUUCGUCAAUUUUCACCUUUACCCACACCAGCAAAUGGGUUACCCAGCUUCAACCGUCGAAGUCGCCGGCGACCGCCGCAACCGCAUCUCCCGUCGCAGUCCAGACUAUUCAAGGUACGAUCACGAUUCUAACCACCGUAAUUCCAGAUAUCAAAAUCGUAGUAUUAGCCCUAGCCCAGAUCGUACUAAUAAUUAUAAUAAAAAUAGAUACAAUAAUAAUAAUAAUAAUAAUAAUAAUAAUAAUAAUAGCCGUGAUCAAGAUUAUGAUUAUACAAGAUCUAGGCGAAAUCCUAAUACAAAGUUUGAAACUUUUCACCCCGAUAAGUACGGUGACCGGAAUAAUAGACAAUAUUUGGACCGGGGUGAUGAGAAAGUGAAUAGAAAGUGGAACGGGCAAGACCCGGAUGGGGAUUCGGGUUCUGGGUCGGAUGAGGAGUUGAAAGGGUUGAGUUAUGAGGAAUAUAGGAGGUUGAAAAGACAAAAGUAUAGGAAAAUGUUGAAAAAAUGUAUAUGGAAUGUGACGCCAAGUCCGCCUAGAGGUGAUGACGAUGAGUACGAGGUUGAAAUGGAUGAGAUUGUUGAGAAAGAUGGUGAUGAUAAGAAGGAUAAGCUGGACUCGAAGGAGGGUGAGUCGGAGAGUGAUGAGUCGGAGUCUGAGUCGGAUGAUUCGAGGUCGAGGAGGAGAAGGAAGAGUAAGAGUAAGAGAGAAGGAAGGAGAACGAGUUCGAGGGGUGGGAGUAAAAGGAGGAAAUCGGUUAGUAGUGAGAGUAACUCGGAAGAUUCGAGUGAUGAUGAUUCUGAAGAGGAAGAUAGGAGGAGGAGGAGGAAGAAAAAGCAGUUGAAGAUGAGGUCAAGUAAACGGAAGAGUAGUAGUAGGAGGAAGAGGAGAAGUAGCUCGAGGAAAAGUGAAGAUAGUGAUUCUGAGGAGAGUCGUGAGAGUGAUGGAAGUGAGGAGUUAAGGAAGUCUAAGAGUAGACGUUCUCGUUCUACUUCGCAGACGAAAGUGAGCAAGAAAGAUAGUAAAAAGGCUAACGAGAGUUCGGGAACGGGUGAGGAUUCAGGUUCUGAAAAUGGUUUAAAAAGUAAAGUUAAGGUGGAUGAUGCGGUGAAAACGGAGGUUGACAGUGAGUUGCUUAUGUAUAAAGAGAUGAUUGAGUCAAGAAAGAAGGCAACUUUGGAUGAGGAACAGGAGGUAGGACCAAUGCCUUUGCCGAGAGCUGAAGGGCAUAUUAGUUAUGGAGGUGCGCUAAGGCCUGGUGAAGGUGAUGCUAUCGCCCAGUUUGUGCAGCAAGGGAAGCGUAUUCCACGAAGAGGAGAAGUUGGUCUUUCGGCUGAUGAGAUUAGUAAGUUUGAAGAUCUUGGGUAUGUAAUGAGUGGUAGUAGGCAUCAAAGGAUGAAUGCUAUUCGUAUUAGGAAAGAAAAUCAAGUUUAUAGUGCUGAGGAUAAGCGGGCUCUAGCUAUGUUCAACUAUGAGGAAAAAGCUAAGCGUGAACAGAAAGUUAUGGCUGAUUUACGGCGGUUGGUUCAACGAACUAUUGGAGAGGAAACUGGCCCUUCUCAUGAUCCUUUCGGUGGAAAAGUGACAGAGGAUCCUGAUGCUUGAUUAUAAAGUUGUACUAGAUUCACUCUGAAGGAACAAAAUCUUUGAGAAUUUGAUCAAAAUUAUUGACAAAGGUAAAGACAAUCUACUUUUGAAGAAAGUCUGCUUUUUGACUUGAAAGUCCUUAAACAUGUUUGAAUGAUGGUGUCUAUUGAUGAGUGAAUAUUGGGACAAAGUGGCUUUUCCUGGUGGUGGUGUCACUGUUUCAUUUUUGCCCUCAUGCUAUUGUGGCUUUCAAGUAUUAAUAAUGAUCCUUUUUCUUUCAAACGAGUUUGAAUCUGUGAAGGAUUAAUCAACAGAUAAGUUUGGUACAAAUUGUUUGAGACUAUGUAAUCAUAUGCAAUGACAUCUUUUGUUAUAUAGUACAGGCCUUAUAUAUUA